AUGGCGCCCAAAAAGAAAGGCAACAAGAAGGGCAACGAGGACUGGGAAGCAGACUUGGGUGAAACCCCGGAUGCUAUCGCCGCCGCAGCCCAAGAAGCCAAAGAGGUUGAAGCAGCCCGAGAUGCCGAACCUGAUGAAGCUCCUGGUGGAGGAGGCGGUCUACUGGCUGCACUCAAGAAAAACAAGUCUAACAAGAAGAAGAAAGGUAAGGUUGUGGAGGAAGACUAUGUGAACGGCGAAGAUCCUCCCACAGCGGAUGGUGUCAACGGUCAUGUCGAACCCAAUGGUAUACAAGACCUAGCUUUCACGGCACCUGAGGAGGCUACGACAGAGGACCUAUUCGAUGAGCAGGUUACGAAGGCCAAGAAUGGGAAGGGUAAACAGGGGAAGAAAGAAGGGACACUAGUGCCCAACGAGGACGAGGACGGAGAGGAUACAGAAGAGGGGGGCACAGGAGGGGUCAAGAGUAAGAAGGAGAAAGAGAAGGAAAAGAAAGAGAGGGAGAAGGCGAGGAAGAAAGAGCAGGCUGCUGCAAAAAAGAAACAAGGAGGUGCACUUCCGGCACAAAAAGAGGAGCCUGUGAAGCCCGUAGUCGAAGCGAAGUCUGAGGCUGCCUCAGCUGCCGAUGCAGGGAAAGGAGGAAAGAAGAAAUUACCGCCCGCCCUUGCAGCACUCCAGAAACAACAGGAAGCUCUGAGAAGACAGCAAGAGGAGCAAGAAAAGGCAGAUGCCGAAGAGAGAGCCCGGAUAGAAGAAGAGGAGCGAUUAGCGGCGGAGGAAGAAAAGAGGAAAGAGGAUGCUCGAGCGCGGAAGAAGGAGAAGGACAAGGAGAAAAAAGAGCAGUUAAAGAAAGAGGGCAAGUUGAUGACACCAGCCCAACGGGAAGCGCAUCGGCGGAAUGAAUUGAAGAGAGAACAAAUGCUUGCCGCCGGUGUAAAGGUUGCAGGACUGGACGAGGAACCUGCGGAGAAGAAGAAGCCGGUGUACGAUAACAAGAAGAAGAAGGGACUGAAGAAGCCAGGCGACGAUGCCAGAAUACAGGAAGAAAAAGAAGCUGCCGAAGCAGAAGCUCGGCGGCAAGCUGAAGAAGCGGAGCGUCUGAGGCUAGAAGAAGAGGAGAAGGCGAGGGCUGAAGCUGCGGCGGCAGCAGCAGCAGAGGAGCCCGAAAGUGACGGCCUCGAGGACUGGGAGGCUGUUGCCGAUGCUGACGACGGUAAUGUUAAAGAGAGCUGGGAGAUGGACUCUGAUGAAGAAGCUGCUGCCUCGCAAUCACCGCCUCGGAAGCCCAGUGCUGUCACUAAUGGUAUGGAACAACUCAUAGCCGCACAAAUAGACCUGCCUUUGAGGCCCGCUCCAUCAGCACAAAAACCUCAGCAGAAGCCACAACCGAAGCCAGCUGAAUCCGAUUCCGAGUCGGAUUCAGACGACUCGUCUGCUGAUGCGCAAGGAACAGCCACACAACGAGCAGCUGCACAGAAGAAAGCUGAAGCUGCAGCCAGGAGGCAGAAACAACACGAGGAGGCGCUUGCCGCCAGAUCAAAAGACAACCUCCGUUCUCCUAUUUGCUGUAUCCUGGGUCACGUCGAUACCGGGAAGACUAAGCUAUUGGACAAGAUACGGCAGACUAAUGUCCAAGAAGGUGAAGCUGGAGGUAUCACGCAACAAAUAGGUGCAACCUACUUCCCAGUUGACGCCCUAGAAGCUAAAACUGCGGUCGUCAACAAGGACAACAGCUUCGAGUUCAAGGUACCUGGUCUUCUGGUCAUCGAUACUCCUGGUCACGAAUCCUUCACAAAUUUGCGAUCUCGAGGAUCCUCGCUAUGUAAUAUUGCCAUUCUCGUUGUCGACAUAAUGCACGGGCUGGAACCGCAGACUCUAGAGUCGAUGAAAUUACUCCGUGACCGGAAAACACCAUUCAUUGUUGCUCUCAACAAGAUCGAUCGUCUAUAUGGCUGGAAGAAGAUUGAUAAUAAUGGUUUUCAAGAAAGUAUGGCCUUACAGAACAAGGGGGUUCAAAACGAAUUUCGAGAUCGCCUCGAAAAGACAAAAGUCGCCUUCGCCGAGCAAGGCUUCAACUCUGAGCUUUACUGCGAGAACAAGUCCCUUGCUAAAUUCGUUUCCUUAGUACCAACAUCCGCGCACACAGGAGAAGGUAUACCAGACAUGCUAAAGCUGCUCGUCAGUCUAACGCAAGAGCGAAUGACCAACAAACUCAUGUAUCUCUCCGAGAUCGAGUGUACAGUCUUGGAAGUGAAAGUCAUUGAAGGUCUAGGCACAACCAUCGACGUCGUCCUAUCUAACGGUGUCCUACGAGAGGGCGAUCGGAUAGUUCUUUGCGGUAUCAACGGUGCCAUUGCCACAAACAUUCGAGCAUUACUCACCCCAGCACCGCUAAAGGAGCUCCGCCUGAAGUCCCAGUAUGUCCACAACCAAGAAUGUAAAGCAUCGCUAGGUGUCAAAAUUGCGGCCAAUGACCUCGAACACGCCAUCGCCGGUUCGCGCCUCUUGGUCGUCGGACCAGGCGACGACGAAGAGGAUAUUGAGGAGGAAGUCAUGUCUGAUAUCGAGAACCUCUUAUCGAAAGUCUCUAAAACAGGACGUGGUGUCAGCGUCCAAGCAUCCACCCUCGGCUCUCUCGAAGCCCUCCUUGAAUUCCUCAAGGUCUCCAAAAUUCCUGUCGCAAACAUCUCCAUUGGCCCCGUCUACAAGCGGGACGUCAUGUCCGCAGGCAUUAUGCUCGAAAAAGCCAGGGAAUAUGCAGUCAUGCUCUGUUUCGAUGUCAAAGUUGAUAAAGAAGCGCAAGAGUAUGCUGACCGGGAGGGAAUUAAAAUUUUCACGGCGGAUAUCAUCUAUCAUCUUUUCGACGACUUUACGAAACAUAUGGCGCAAUUGGCGGAGCAGAAGAAGGAGGAUAGUAAAUUGUUGGCUGUGUUCCCUUGUGUGCUGAAUCAGGUGGCGGUGUUUAAUAAGAAGGAUCCAAUCGUUGUUGGGGUAGAUGUUGUUGAAGGCAACCUCAGACUCCUCACGCCAAUCGCCGUGGUACGGACGAACCCGGUUACCAACGUCAAAGAGGUUGUCAAUUUAGGCAGAGUCCAAUCAAUCGAGCGCGACCACAAACAAAUUCCCAUGGUAAAGCGCGGCCAGCCCUCCGUCGCCAUUAAAAUCGAAGGUCCCAACCAACCUGUCUAUGGUCGACAUUGGGAAGAAAAGGACGCACUCUACUCGUUAAUCUCACGGCAGAGUAUCGAUACUUUGAAGGAAUUUUAUAGGCCUGAUGUCAGCAAUGAUGAGUGGGCGCUGAUUAAGAAGCUGAAGGGGUUUUUUGACAUUCCCUGA